GGAAGGGUGCCAAUGGAGGGCAUCUUUCAGCUGGAGGGGGGAGAGGGGAUCGUCAUAAUUGAGGUUAGCACCAGCAGUCUAAGAGAAGGGAUGGACAGAGGGGAAGGAGGAGUAACUGUAGAGAGGAGUGAAGCAAAAGGAGGGAGUGGAAUAACUGAGAGGCCUGAAAAAGACAGGAACUCAGCGGAAUGCAUUGAAAUAGAGACUGGAGCGAAUGAAGGAGAAAACACAGCUACGAAUGGCCCUACACCUAACUCUCAGUUCUCUUAAACCUAAACCAAACAACCACUGUCAGGAAAUGUGUGUGAAGGCGUGUGCAUGUGUGUGCACACAUGAAUGUACAUGUGUGAGUGUGUUUUUGAUGUGGAGGCCUUUUCCAGCUACUGAACUAAAGGAGAGUAUGGUCAUUCAGAAAGAGACUAUAGAAAGUACUGUAGGAAACAAUACCAAGGUGCCAGAAACACGAAGAGUUACAUUCACUGACUGUUAAUGAAGAGGGACCUCAACAAAUGAGUUAUGAGUUUAAAUUAAACUGUCAUGUUGACAGUGUUGAUAUAAAACACAUAAGAGUUUUUUUGUGGAUGAAUAGAUGGCUAUGUUGGCUCGGUUUCACUAAAUAUUCAUACUAGGAAAUAGUCAUUAUUAAUAAAUUUGUUAAUAAUAUUUUUUUAUGAAUGUUGAUUAAUUCACCUUUUUUAUUUCGUAAAUAUAAAUAUGUCCCUUUAUCUAAAGAUGAAGAGGAUCAGCUCAGAAUAACGGACAAUCCCAGUUUAUUAUGGGAAAUAGGUUCUCCACUGCGUAAAGUGCGACUGACCACAUUCACGUAGCAGGUUAGUCAAUUUUCUGCAGCGCCGGUACUCGCUAUGCAAAUGGCGUAGAGACCGCAUUCAUGACAGUAAAUGUUAACGUAAAACUACGUAACACCACAUUUGCAAUAGGCGGCCACGCAAGUAUUGCGAGUCAUUCAAUCAAACAUAAGAAAAAUCUUUUUGAGGAAUAAAUACACAGCGAAUAUAUACAUCCGUUUCCCUGCAUUUGGCGGUGGUCCUACGCUGCAAGUUUGCAAGACCGGUGUGUGUUGCUGUAUGAGGUGUGCGUGAGUGAGGGUGUGUGUGUGUGUUGCUGUGUGUGUGAAGUCCAGACAUGGUAAAGCUGGAGCUAGAUCAGGUGGUAAUGAGGAGGAUGAGGGAGGAUGACAUCGAGACUGUCAAAGCUAUCAUCAAGGAGGGUUGUCAGGGAACAGAAAACCGUCUGAUCCUCCACAUCCUGACUCGUCCUGUCUGCCUCCUACUCCUGGCCACUGUCUCUUCUGUCCUCCGCUGCUUCCUUCACUCCUUCAUCCUGGCCCUCAUCAUCCCUGUCUUCCUGCUCAUCGUCUACCUCAAGUUCACCAUGCCACGCUCCACCGGAGUGCUGGGCACCAGCCGGCCGUACUGGGACUAUGUGGGGAGCAGUUACCGAGGGGCGCAGGACGAGACCCUUCCCAACCCCUAUAGCAGGAUCAGUGGGAAACCCCCACCGGCUAAAGGCAAGGCCAGACGGAGGACCAAACCCAAGGCAGAGGACAAGGACAAAGACUCGUCUCCUGAGAUCGUAGACGUGGAGAGGGAGAAGGCAGCAGGGCAGGUGUGGGUGGCUGACUGUGAGGGGGAGAUCGUGGGCUGUGUGUCCAGGGAGGGUGACUGUCGUCUGGGGAUGAGGAGGUUCUGCAGGGUGGUGGUGGGCUGCUGGUACCGCCGGGAGGGCCUCGGCAGACUGCUGGUCCAGAGUCUGGAGCAGAGGGAGAGGCAGACAGGGGCCAGGAGGGUCUACGCCCACGUCCCCUACCCCUCUGCAGUAGGAGAGGCCUUCUUCAGGAAGCUGGGCUACAGGCUGCAGGGGGAGGUGGGCUACGAUGGGGAGGAAGAAGAGGAGGAUGAAGAGCAGCCGGAGAGGACAUUUCUGGGCUUCCAUGUCACCAAGGUGUUUGUCAAAGACCUUAAGUGAUGUUGGAGACAACGAAGGGAAUGUGAAAAAUAAGACAAAGAUGAUAUACUAAAGGGAAAUAGAGAGAGGAGGAGGAGAGAUACUAUAGGGAAAUAGAGAGAGGAGGAGGAGGAGAGAUACUAUAGGGAAAUAGAGAGAGGAGGAGGAGAUAUACUAUAGGGAAGUAGA